AUGCGCCUGAUCAAAGCCUCCACGAUCUACUCAGACAAGUCAUGUCUCGAACUUGUCGACUUUAUGCCGGAUCAAAUUCCGCCUUACGCCAUUCUUUCGCAUACCUGGGGCUCUGAUGAGGUAGUUUACGCCGACAUCAGGAACAAUUCCGCAGCGUCAAAAAGCUCCUUUGACAAGAUCCGCUUCAGCUGUAUCAGAACCAUCGCUGACGGGCUGGAUUACCUCUGGAUUGAUUCCUGCUGCAUCGACAAGAGCAGUAGUGCAGAACUAUCCGAGGCUAUCAACUCGAUGUUCGACUGGUACAAAGGGUCCGAAGUCUGUUAUGCAUACAUGUCAGGCGUAUCUUCAGAUGCCGACACAGCCACGGCCGAUGAUCAAUUUGGUGGAUGCAGAUGGUUUACUCGUGGUUGGACUUUACAGGAACUCCUUGCACCUGCCAACGUCAUCUUCUUCUCAGAGGAUGGGGUCAACAUUGGGGAGAAAUCGAGUCUCUGCCGACCUCUAUCUCUCAUCACUGGCAUAGAUGAGGAUAUUCUCAACGGAACAAAGUCCCUUCAGGCCGCGAGCGUGGCGAAGAGGAUGUCUUGGGCCGCUUACAGGAAUACUACUCGCCCGGAAGAUAUGGCAUACUGCUUGAUGGGUCUGUUUGACGUCAACAUGCCCAUGCUUUAUGGCGAGGGCAACAAAGCAUUUCUUCGUCUUCAAGAGGAGAUCAUGAAGCAAUCAGACGACCACUCCAUCUUUGCGUGGGUUGAUCCCUCUGCGCCUGCCGACGAAUCUUACGGUCUAUUGGCUACGUCGCCCCGUCAAUUUGCACACGCCAAUAACAUCAUGUCUUACCAAGGCUGGGCACUUCGGCCUCCUUACAGCAUGACCAACCGCGGCCUGCGCAUUGACCUUCAUAUUUCCAACGACGAGAAAGGUUUCACCGUCGCGGCUCUUAACUGCCCAGCACCAGAUUUUGAAGAUUCAUGCUUUCUAGGCAUAUAUCUCAAGAAAGGAUUCCUCACUGACCAACAAUUUGCACGGGUUAGGGUGGGACAGUUUACCAAGGUCCGAGCCCGGGGCGAGCAGCAGACGAUCUUCGUCAGGCAGAAAUUGAACGGGAUCUCGGACGCAGAUGGCGUGUUCUUACAGCAUAUCAUCCAUAUUCGCAGAGCACCGUUCAAGGCUAAAUACAGCCUGUUAGGAUUCGUCCAAAACCCCAAGGAGAUUGGUGUGAACUACCAACCUCUGGGUAAUCUCUUUACAAUGGUUCAAUCAUUCAAGAAGCGUCCUCUGGCAUUCAGAUUGUCCAAGGGCGCAGAGUCUCUUUCCGCAGGGCUGAUAUACUCGAACACGGAGGAGGAAGCUCCUAAAGUUCUCGUCAUGAUCGGAUCGGCGCAGCAGCUGAAAUUUGGGUAUCAAGCUAAAGAGAUCAUUUCUGAAGAUCCGAGCUUUCAACGAUCACACGAACGGGGAGAUGAAAUCGGCGGAGUAUUGAGUUUCGAUAGACUUCAACGCUUGUUUGAUCCUUCGCCGGCCGGGAGCGAGAUUGUUCUGAAGCAUCAUAAAGUCAGAGUGGAUCUGGAACUCCGACAAGUCGAGGGUGGUCGCAAGCAUUUGAUGGCACACGUACACAUAGAGUCCGUGAGCCGACCUCGACCUCAAGAUGAUGGUGGAGCAGGUGCCAGAGAAGAGCUUAUUAAACCUCAGGUCACGAAAGGAGGCAAAAGCAAGGUAACAAUGGCCUUCAAAAAGUUGAUUUCAUAG